ACACGCCAAUUUAUACGCUAGUGAUUGAACAGCUUAGAAUAGGCAGAGGAUCGUCUUACCGUCUCCUCUUUCAUGGGGGGGCAAAAGACCUUCUCGUGAAUUGCCUCUCACUAGAUGGGCUGGCAACAAAAAGUGAAAUUUAAUGUGAUGCCCAUGUUGCGCUUUAUGGAAUAUUAUGUCUGAAUCAAACUUUAUAUGGCAAGUGUUAGGCUUUACUUUGUUGAAUACUUUUUAGCGAAAAGCAACAGGGAAUCAGUACAGCAUGUCAGCAGAUAUUAGUUUAUUUGAUCUGGUCAACCUAUCUAUCGGGACUCCGGAGCCUGGAGCGGUCCAGUUCAACGCUCUCCACACGCUUCUGCACGCCCUCAUCAAGCACCUGAACAUCCAGGAUGUCAAGACCGAGUGGAUCGUCCAGCAGGACCCGAACCGGGACUUGCCGCCUCCGGAAGCCCAGGAGAUCCCCCGGGAGAAGCCCAGCCCGUACCACCACAUGGAGGGAAAGCUGCGGCACAUCGAGAGGCAGAUAUCCGCCCUGGAGACGCUGCCGAGCGGCACGGACCUCCUGCACCGCAGCGCCUCCGGGACCGGCGCCGCCACCCCGGUCAGCGACAUGUGGCAGUUCAUGCAGCUCCGGAGGAAAGUCCAGGCGAACGAGGACGGCGUGUCUAAGUGUAUGGGUCUUAUCCAGGACCUGAUGAAGGAGAUUCAGGAGCUGAAGGAAACCAGAGACAAUCUCAAGAAGGAGGUGAAGACCCUCAACAGCCAGCUCAAUAAGAUGACCAAGAGUGACCUGGCCGAGCGGGUGACAAACCUGGAGCAGUGCUGCCAACUAGUGGAGGAUCUGGAGAAGAACAUGAGGGAGGUGAGGGAGAGGAUGGCUCAGUACCCAGAGCCGGACGAGAUGACGGAGUUUGUCACGUGGGAGGUGUUGCAGAAGACCCUCGUCAAGCAGAGGCAGACUCUGGAUCGUCCGUUCCAGCCCUUCAUGACGCGCCGCACCAGUAGUGCCGUCACCAUGGGAACCCUCCGUGUGCCCGCGCUAGACUCCGCCCCUGGCGCCGCCGCCGCCGCCCUCAUGCCCGUUCUGAUGCCCGCUGCUGGACCUGCCGCCGGCACCGCGACCUCUGACCCCAACGUGGCUGCCAGGCUAGCCGUCGCCGCUGCCCCCUCCUCGGGCCAGGCUGGCACUGCCCGCUCUGCGAGCUCGGACGACGUCUGUUUGGGCUCCGCAGGUUCCGCGCCCUCGGACUCGGCGAUGGGCACAGCGUCGGCGUCGGAUGACAGCGGAGACAGCAGCGCCACCGCCCCCCCUGCCCACGCCAACGCCCACAACGAGCAGACUGGUAGCGCUGCCCCCCCUUCUCUUGCCCCCUCUUCUCUUGCCCCGGCCCAGUUUGCCCCUGCUGCCCAGUUUGCCCCUGCUGCCCAGUUUGCCCCUGCUGCCCUGGCACACGGAGCCUGAGGAGACCCGACGCUGCUGCUGCAGCGGGCACCUUCAACCCGUACCUGGUGUACGCCCACGGCGCCCCCUGUCUGCCGGAGGGCACCAGUGAUGGCGGCGGCGGAGGUGGAGGAGGUGGGCAGGGUAGAGACCCUGAUGGGAGACAAGGAGAAGGGGGGGCCCUGGAGCCGUGCUCCUCUGACGGGGUGCUGCUGGAUCUCGGGGUGCCCCUGUCGCGGGUGAGCAGUGGGGCGCUGGGCUACCCCCAGACCCUGCACGCGCUGCACGCCCUCGGCGGCCUCGGGGAUCGGCUCGUCAGCCUGGAGACACGCGUGGCACAGCUGGAGGAGAUCAAGGCCGACCAGACCAGACUAGACGAGCUCAGAGAGGCUGUGGCUGUAAUGGGUGAGAAAGAUAUGCCUGAAAACCAGCUUAUGGAGGAGAUGAACCACCUGAAAGAUCUGGUAGAGACCCUGAUGGGAGACAAGGAGAAGCUUUGGGAGUUUGGUGGUGCAAACACACUUGAGCUCUCACACACUCUGACAGGAGACGCAGCUGAGCAGCAACUGCGAGAACAGCUAGCACA